AUGGCUUCAGACGCUGCUGUUUCAAGCAUCAAAGUGAUGAACCAGGAUCUUGUCAAGUUAGAUCGAUUUGAUGGAACAAAUUACACAAGAUGGCAAGACAAGAUGACAUUCCUAUUGACUGCCCUGAAGGUUCACUAUGUUCUUGAUCCCGACCUACAACCAAUACCUGAACCAACAGAAAAUGAUUCGGAAGAACUCAAGAAGGAGCGCAAGAAACGCAAGGAGGACGAACUGCUUUGCCGUGGACACAUUCUGAAUACUUUAUCUGAUCGUCUCUACGACCUCUACACAGACAAUCCAUCGGCAACAGAAAUAUGGAAGGCACUAGAAUUCAAGUUCAAGGCUGAAGAGGAAGGUACGAAGAAGUUCUUAAUAUCUAAAUAUUUCGAUUUUAAAUUCUUAGAUUCUAAGCCCAUUCUUCCCCAAGUGCAUGAAUUGCAAGUUCUGGUCAAUAAAAUAAAGGCAGUAAAUAUAGACAUCCCUGAGACCUUCCAAGUCGGUGCAAUUAUUGCAAAGUUACCACCUUCAUGGAAAGGCUACCGAAAGAAAUUGUUGCACAGUUCCGAGGACUUCUCCUUGGAGAAAAUUCAGAAACAUCUUCGAAUCGAGGAGGAAUCGAAGGAGAGGGAGAAAUCAGAACCCCCUACUCAUUUCAAAACAAACGCUGUGACCAACAAGGGAAAGAAGAGACAUGAUGGCAUGAAGAGUCAUCUUGGACCAAAGAAAGAACAUAACAAGUUCAAGAACUCUGGCGGUCAUAAAGGUCCAAAGAACGGAUGUUUAUAUGCGGUAAACCUGGACACUAUGCUCGAGAUUGCAGACAAAAUAAAGCAAAAAAUGAGAUCAAUGCAAUUCGAUCAGAUGAUGACAUAA